UCUCAGCCGAACUAAACAAAUACAAGAAAAAAUCUCUUUGAUUGCAUUGGAGGAAAUAUUUAUCGGGACAAGCCAUGAUUAAUAUUCACGUAAUGGUGAUUUUGUUGCUGAGCUUCAAGCAGAGUUUUGGAAUUGAAGUAAAUAUAACAAAAAAAUUCCCCAAAUCGAUAGGUACACUGUAUAGUGUACAAUUUGAUAGAAAGUUACAUAUGACAAUUCCCGAUGAAUGUGCUAAUCUCGAUUUUUGUGAGGAAAUUCCCGAUUUUCCGGAAGAUGAAAUUUCAAAAUUAAUAAAUUUAUUGAUUGCUGAUAAAAUGACUUUUAAUCAAGAUCGUGAAGCUACAUUUGACGAACAUAUGGACGCGGGUAGAGCAAUUAAUCUGUGCCGUUCGAGAUUAACUUUUAUCCAACCGAAGGCAGUGAAAGUUGGUAAUGAAUGGCAUCUAGUAUUAAACUCUGAAAGCAACAUGGUUCAAUCGUUCAGAGGAGAAAUAUGUAUGGACGCACAAAAUGCUCCUUGCUCAAGCUUGGUAAACUUCAAUCGAGGCUUUACGGGACACUGUGUCCAAAAGUAUAUGGAAACACGUAUGAUCGUGCUUAGUAAAAACUAUGACGAAGUCAUAGCGUUGCCUCAAUCAGUACCAAGUUGUUGUUCCUGCAUGGCUUUCCAACUAUGAAUACGCCUUUGACUUCAUAAACGUCACCGUUUCAUAUGAAAUGGUUUGAAAUCUACUCGAUUUUUGUUAAUGUUUUAGAGAACCAAAAUCAAAAACCACUGUUUAAUAUGAAUUUACUAUGUAUAAAAAAUUAAUAAAAUGUCUGCUUAUAAAAUGGAGUAUAUUUU